UUGGAGCAUUUGGUGGAGGAUAUGGAGCAAGCGGGGGAAGGGUUGGAGGAUAUGGAAGAAGAUACAGAGCAAGGGGCAGCGCUGCUGGUGGAUAUGGUUUGUAGCAUUUCAUAAUUUCUAAAAGUAGUAUGAUAACAUUUGAAAGCAUUUUCACAUAAUUUUACUAAUUUAAUAAUUUUAAACAUGAUCUUAAAGAAUUUUGGUGUACUAUGUUUCUGUCAGUAAUUGUUCAUUAAUAAAUUUUUAUAAUUUAAAUGAUCGUCAAGUGCAGGAGGACAUGGUGGAAUAUCUUUUAGAGAAUAUAAAGCUAGCGGUAAUGGUACUGGACGACAUGGAAAAGGUGGCGGUGUUAAAUAUGUUUUGGCCAGUGCUGGAGGACAUGGAGCUAGAGAUGGAGGGGAUAAAGGGCAAGAUGGAGUAUCUGAUGGAGAAUAUGGAGGAAAGAGUAGCGAUGUUGGAGUAAUUCGAGCAUCUAGUGGAGAAUAUGUAGCAAGAGGCAAGUCUGUUGGAAGUUUUGGUGGAACAUCUGGUGAAAUAUAUAGAGCAGGAGGCAGUGGUCUUGGGGGUCAUCUGGACAUGGCUGGUGGUACAUCUGGUAGAGAGUAUAGAGCCAGGGACAGUGGUGUUGGAAGUCUUGGUGGAGUAUUUGGUAAAAGAUAUGUAGCAAGUGGUGGUGUUGAAGGACAAGAUGGAGUAUCUGGUGGAGCAUAUAAAGCAGAAAGCGGCGGUCUUGGGGGACAUGGUAAAGAAUAUGAAGCAAGCGGUGGCGGUAGGGGUGGAUUCGUCUUGUCUAGUGAUAGAAAGCAAGGUGAAGCAUCUGGUGGAGGAUAUAGAGCAAGUGGCUUCGAUGGCGAGAAAUUUCGGGGAGGAUUUAAAGCAAACGGUGGGGUUGAAACAUCUAAUGGAGGAUAUCAAACAAAUGCUAGCAAAGUUGGCUUGUUCCGUGCUGUAAAACAUGGUGGUGCAUCUGUUGGAGGAUAUAAGGCAAACAGCUUCGGUGGUGGUGGACAAGGUGAAGCAUCUGGUGGUAGAUUUGGAGAAAGCAGCGGUGGCGUAGGAGCAUCUGGUGGAGAAUAUAGAACAAGAGCUGACAUUGUUAAACAUGGUAUGGAUAAUACUGGAAGACAUGGUAGAGCAGUUAACGGAGGAUUUGGAUCCAGCGGCGGUUUUAGAAGAUAUGGUUUGUCUAGUGCUGGGGUAUAUGGUGAACAUUUUGGCGGAGAGCAUAGUGGGGCAACUGGUGGAGGAGCAAGCAGCGGUAGUGGAGGAUAUGGUUUGUAUCAUUAUAUCAUUUUUUCAAAUAAGAAAGUAACUUUAUUUCCUCAACAUGACUUGUCACUUCUGGUGAUAAACUGGGCUUGCUUUCAAAAUAAGUGGAAUUUGGAAUGA